UGAAGCCGCUGUCCCUCCCGCAAAACGGUUCCCCCUCAUUUGUUGGGUGUCUGGAACUGGAAGAGAAUAGUCCUCUCCAACGGAUCAGCUAACGCUGAAUUUGAGCCACGCGUGUUGUGUGUGUGGAGCGCGAAGCGAGCGGCUCCAAACGCGCAGGAAUGGCGGGCACCGCCGCUGCGUUCGUGCUGCGCACGCGCGCCAGGCCCUGCCGCUUUGCGAGUGAAGAAGAACGGUCUUAAUUUGGUUUCGCGGCUAACGGGAAGUGUCUAAUAAUGAGCAUCGGCUGGCAGUACUAUCGGGUCUGCUGCAAAUCAAGACUCCCAAAACAUUACCCGAGAGGAAAAUGCUCAGUUGCCUGCAACAAGCCAAGGCUAUGUUCUGCCUGAAGGGAAAAUCAUGCCAAAUACCAUUUUUGUGGGUGGAAUUGACAUUCGGAUGGAUGAGACAGAAAUUCGGAGCUUCUUUGCACGAUAUGGCACUGUUAAAGAAGUGAAAAUAAUCACCGACAGAACUGGUGUGUCCAAGGGAUAUGGAUUCGUGUCAUUUUUGGACAAUGUCGAUGUACAGAAAAUAGUAGAAUCACAAAUCAACUUCCAUGGAAAGAAACUCAAACUAGGACCUGCAAUAAGAAAACACCCAAACCUAUGUGCCUAUCAUGUGCCACCGAGACCAGUGCUUAUUAAUUCGCCCACACCUCAGUUCCACAGCGUUUGGAGCAACCAGGAAGCAUAUUUGCAGCCUCCAGCUGUCAUGAGUCCUGUCACACAAUAUGUUCAGGCAUAUCCUUAUGGGUCACCAGCUUUAUUAAUUCAGCAACAGGUACCUGUAGGGUUUCAGCCUGCUUACAACUAUCAGGUUCCACCACAAUGGCCACCUGGAGAACCCAGAAACUAUAUUGUGCCUCCGGCUUAUACCAUGAAUUAUGGUGGUGAUUUGGAGGUAGGCGCAGAACAGGCAGAGUGUUCUAUGGCCGAGACUGCACAGUCCUGUGGAAACAGUCCACAAAAGAAAUCUGUGGACCGAAGCAUACAGACGGUAGUGUCAUGUCUAUGUAACCCAGACAACAGAUUGAGGAACAAUAUUGUAACUCAGGAGGACUAUCUUAAGGAGAAAAGGGCACAUCAUUUUAGAAGAAGCAGAGCUGUACUCAAAUCUGUUUGAUUAAUGACACUGACCUGAAGUGCUUCAUCGAUUGCGUUUAAAAGAGAGAGAUUACAUACACACAUAUAUAAAAACGCACUUGACAAUUAUGUAGCCUUAUUGGCAAAAGUUCUUUCAAGUUGGAGUUUGUUUGAAUUAUAUGUUAUCUAUUUCUAGAAAUGUUAGAAUGUUGUGUGUUAUCUAUUUCUAGAAGUGUUUGUUUUACCUUGUCUAGAUGUUUCACUGUUCUAAAUUUCUAACCAGAAAACUUCUUGAGUUCAGUUUAAAAAAAGAGUUAAGUUGUGUUUAUUCCUAAGCUUUAAAAUAUGUAUGUUUCUGCAUGUUGGCAGUUGCUUCUAACAUUUUAACUUGUACCUUCAGUACUUUUUAUUUACUUCCAGCUCACACUUAAAAAAACGAAGUUUUUUUUGCCAGAGGUAUUUUUAGAACUGUACUUGAAUCAGGUGAAGACAUCCAGUUGCAACUCAAUUAGUGCCAGAAGUACAUAAGUACAGUGUUGCCUUAAAAAUUCAAUCAGUGGGGACUUCAUUCACUGUGUGUGCUGCUUAGU